GUGUUUUAAGUCAGGUGAUGUACGGGUGAACGAGCACCUGGGACUGGCUUCCCUCCACCAGCUCUUCGUCAGGGAACACAAUCGCAUCUCCUCUCAGCUCUCCAAGCUCAACACUCACUGGACGGACGAACAAGCUUUCCAGGAGGCUAGGAGGAUAGUAGGAGCCGAGCUGCAACACAUUGCUUACACAGAGUUUCUACCCUCUAUCCUGGGACAGGGCAUCCUGGAGAAGUACGGUCUGGCUCUACAGAAGUCUGGUUUCUUCUCUGGCUACGACAUCAACAUCAAUGCCGGCCUCGCCAACUCUGUCGCCAACGUUGCCAUCAAUUUCGUGGUAUCAAUGUUGCCUAGCAACGUGGCCUAUUAUGAUGAGGAUCGUAAGCUGAGUGAACGCCCCGUCACAGAUACGUUCUACGCGCCCUUUGACCUGUACGAGAGGGGCAAGUUUGACCAGGUCAUCCAGGGCAUGGUAAAUGCCCAUUCUCACAACCAAGACACGUCCAUGACCGAGGCCAUGACCAGCAAAAUGUUUGAGGAUGCCUCGACGGGUGUAGGCCUAGACCUGGCGGCACAGAUCAUCCAGCAGGGUAGAGACCAUGGCAUAGCUGGGUACAACAAGUGGAGACACUUCUGUGGUCUACCCAAGGCCGUCAAAUUUGAAGACCUGGCAGAUGUUAUGUCUCAGACUAACAUUAAGAAACUUAAAUCUGUAUAUAAGAACAUUGAUGACAUAGACCUGUUCACUGGAGGUCUGGCAGAGAAGCCUAACAGAGGGGCGCUGGUAGGGCCUACCCUGGGCUGUCUGAUAGGCCGACAGUUCCACUACCUCAGACGAGGUGACAGAUACUGGUACGAGAACGACCUCCCUCCUUCGUCCUUCACUAAAGAACAGUUGUACGAACUGAGGAAGGUAUCACUGGCCAGAAUCAUCUGUGACAACACUGACGAACUAGUCAGUGUACAACCCAGAGUCAUGCUGGAGGCUGACUCAUUCUUGAACGCACGAAUGUCAUGUCAGGGUAAGAACAUCAAGUCAGUGAACCUGAAGAAGUGGAAGACAGCCAGCCCUAACUUCGUUAUCCCUGACAAGAUGUUGCAGGAGAGUAUUGACAGAGCCAAGAGGGACAUCAGUAACAUGAGGGACUCUGAGUGGAACCUCUGGGAAGCACCUGACAGACGUGUGCCCCGGGACGUGCCCAGGGCCAUGCCCAGGGCCCCACAUGGGCACCAGGUGACCUCAGAGGUCAUGCACGCCCUCAUUGACCGCUCUGACCACAACCUCAACGCCAGGGUUGUGAGGGAGGCUGAGGAGCUCCUUCAUGACUGCUUCAGGGUAGGCCUACAGGCUUGGCAGGUCAUGAGGAACCAUGAACAGGAUAUCUGGAGACGACAGCUGACAGCUGACCCUAAGGGGCCCCUGGGGUCGGCCUACGCCUUCGGUAAGCCUAAGGCUCAAUCAAUCAAGAUUUCCAAUUCAUCGUUCAUCUUGCAGUUCGCCUCAGCGAGGUUCGUCAAUAACUACUUUGCCGGCAAGCCAGGACAACGCAAGAGCCGUAACGCAGACCGCCACCUGAAGGACUUCGAGUCAGGGUCACCGAACACCGUGCUCGAUCUCAUGGAUGUUCUGCCCAACAUCGACGUCAGCGACAUCAUGGAGAUCCCUAACGUGUUUGAGUGUGACGACCAGACUCUGCCUUGCGACCACACCUCCAGGUUCAGAACUGCAACUGGCUGGUGCAACAAUCUCAACUUCCCGGCCUUCGGAAAGAGCUUCCGGGCCAACACCAGGCUUCUGCGUCCGGCCUAUGAUGACGGACUGUCGAAGCCACGGAGCAUGUCAGUGACUGGUCGCCCACUUCCCUCACCACGACUCAUCUCAACCAACAUGCACAAUGAUGUGUCUGCCCCUCAUGUUCGUUACACACUCAUGAUCAUGCAGUGGGGCCAGUUCAUUGAUCAUGACAUCAUCUUCACUCCUGUUAAUAAAGGGUUCCAGGAUUCCAUCCUGGACUGCAGACGCUGUGACUCACCCCAGACCGUCCACCCGGAGUGCUUCCCCAUUCACAUCCCUCCAAACGACCCGUUCUUCCCCCCGGUGAACAUCUCUUCAGGGCAGCCCUUCUGCAUGCCCCUUACCCGCUCCAUGCCCGGACAACUCACCCUGGGUUACCGGGAACAAAUGAACCAGGUGACGGCCUUCGUGGACGCCUCUCACACGUACGGUUCUGACAAGUGUGAGCAAACACAACUUAGACUCUUGAAGGUAAGCUUAACUCUAACUCUAUCUCCCAUGAUACAGCUCUAACUCUCUCCCAUAACACCGCUCUAACUCUCUCCCAUAACACAACUCUAUCUCCCAUAACACCGCUCUAACUCUCUCCCAUAACACAGCUCUAACUAUCUCACAUG